CACGAGCUAGCUGAGCUGUUUGGCGGUGCAGAUAUCCUGACGGUGGUCAAAGCCGGAAGGAUACGAUGGCUGGGGCACGUGAUGAGGAUGCCGGACUCAUGCCCCACCAGGAAGGUACUCGUCAGCGAUCCGUUCGGCACGUGGUGGAGAGGAGCACAGCGAACACGUUGAUUGGAUCAGGUGAAGCCAAACCUGUCGGAGAUCGGAUGCAGCCAUGGAUGGUGAUGGUGGAUGGUGGAAAUACUGUCAAUGUGACAAUGCCUGACAAUUUGAGAUUUCUUGUACCUGCGGACAGUUAUCGUCCAAUGCUUACAAUCCACGUUAAAAACUCCACAACUGAAAUAUGAAAUACCAACUGGGAGUUUCGAUUUAUAGAUGAAAUCACAAUUGGCAAUACAGUAACGGUAUUUAAUAUGAAAAUCAUUGAUAUGAAAAAACGAGAAAAAACGGCGCUACGGAAUCUUCAACGACAAAACAAUGUCGACAAUCGAAACUUUUAUCGUUCUGCUUCUGGACGAUAUCGUGCCUAUAACAAUAAUUCUUCACGAAAAUUAUGUCGUCCUAGUACAAAGCAACCUACGACGAAAUCCGAAAUCAUUUUGGUCAUACAUAAACUCGAAAUGUAAUCAGAGACAAGCUGUUACAGUAAUUGAAUAUAAAGGAAAUACGGUUAUCACUUAGAAAAAGAUCAGCGAAAUUUUUUCGACCAGAUUUCGCGAUGUGUUUCUAUUCCGCGUACUAGAUCAGGACAGAAUAGACGAAGCGAUUUCUGAUACACCGAGUGAUUGUAUCGACGUACCUGAUAUCAUCAUUAACUACAAGACUGUGGAAGCGGCACUAUAGUAUAUAGCCGCCUUCGAUAGUAUAUCUCACGAUAUACUAUUAGCAAAGCUAAAUAAGCUGGGAUUCCCUACAAGGAUCCUCGUAUGGCUGCGAUCGUAUAUACCGUAUCAGACCGAUUAUAUGCAGUAAAAUUUCGUCAAGCGGUUUCGGAAACAUUCAAUUGCACACCAGGCAUCCCCCAGGGAAGUAAUCUAGGACCACUACUCUUCGUGUUACAUAUCAAUUAUGUGUCUUAUGUGUUAUGUGAAAUUUUUAAUGUAUGCCGACGACAUCAAAAUACAUGCAGCUUAUUAUUCAUUCAAGCGGCAUUAGAAUCGUUUAUUAUUUGAUGUAAUCGGAAUAUACCAUUGCUUUGCCUCGAAAAAAGGGUUAUUGUCACUCGUGCACGUACAAUGAUUUUGACAAACUAUACUAUUUACGGACAGUUACUACAACGUAAGCGUGAAAUUCGCUUCCUAGGAGUUACAUUUGACGAUAAAUUAUAUUUUAUACAAUACUAUGACGGGGGUUCUCAACGUACUAAUAGGACCCUAGGUUUAAUAUUUAAAAUUACCAGAGAAUUCAAUGAUCCAUUGUGUGUCAAAUCUUUGUGAUAUUGCAUACGCAGAAAUUUGGAAAACAAGAGAGAAUCUAUACAAUAAUUUACACGAUACGCACUUCGGCAUCUACCAUGGAAUAAUCUUAACUCACUUCCACCAUAUCGGUCACGUUCUCUUCUUCUAGGCUUAGAUACUCUUGCGAACAGGUGCAGAAAUGCCCAAGCAAUCUUCAUCGCUGGAGUGCUUUGUGGUAACAUUGAUGCGCCAGCAAUACUCCAGAAAUUAAGCAUCAAUGUACAUAGAUAGACGACGCGCCAUAGAUAUUUUCUGCGACCACAAUUUAGAAAUACCAGAUCUGAUUAGAAAUAUCAGAUACCAGAAUAUGGAUCAAAUGAACCGAUAUCAGCUAUGUCAAAAGUGUUAAAUGAACCGUACGAUUAUUUUGAAUUCCGUACGAAUAUUUUGAAGGCAUCUGCACAUUUAGAGAAAAAUUACGCUUUGUAGAAUAAAGCGGCAUCUCUGUGUAGUGUUUUUCAGUGUUUUAAGCUUAGUUUAGAGUUACUUGGUUUUGUUUAGAUUUAAGAAAGACGAGUGAAACCAAUGUUCGGUAGACUCGUGUAAAUAAUAAAAUUACAAAUUACAAAUUUGUGCGUUGAAAAAUUGUUGAACACAAAUGCAUUCAAUACCACAUGCGUUCUGGACUUCCCAAAGAAGAACCCUUAAUAUGCUUUCAGUCCCACCAAUAAGCAUGGUUAGGAAGAUAUCAUCGAAAAGUUUAAAAAAUGACAAUAGCAUGUCAAAUUGCUGGCGACGUUGAUUCACAAACAAAACAUAUCUUGUGUUGUUAAGCGAGUCGAACGAAUACUUAAUACCCAAUGACGCCCUUCAGUGAUCACCCUGCUGACCUAGUGCAGUGAUCGCCCUGCUGAUCCAGUGCAAACGAGCUAAGUCGUCAAGAAGAACUCACGUGUAUGUAUAAACCAUGAAUCAUUUAUUAUUUUGUGAAAAAUAUUUUGCAUUAUUGUAUCGGAAAAUCGGCCGGCAAAUGUUGCAUAAAGAAUCAAAACUUUACCUUUACCAAGUGAAAUCGAAAGUUCUUACCAGUCGCAACAUUAAAUUUCAAAUACAAAAAUUGAUUAAAAAAAUCUACUUCUACUGCUUGAGUUUUAAUAAAUUUCAUAUGUUGGGUUUGAAAACUAAGAAUGCAUUCCUAACAUUUGAUGUGUAAUCAAAAAAGAAAUCAACAUGGUCUAAUGUAUUUCAAAUCUAGUUACUCGAUUGUAAAAUGAAUGCACAGUGUAUUGCGGAGUACUGUGACUACCCCACAAUGAUGAAACGGUUACCAAUUCAUUCAGUCAGCUCUCUGAAUUCAACAAAAAGGGUAGUGGUGGGAACCAUCUGUAAAAUCAAGGUGGGAGAAUUGCUCUCGCUGCUGAGCUGUACCUGCAGUUACAUCAAAAAGCGCAAGGUAAUGGAUGCGCGAAAAGAUGCGCUAGAUGAAUGUGAACAGAGAAGGGAAAAAGACUGUUACACGAAUAGAUAUCGAAUAAAAGUUUUCAUCAUUCACGAACAUUCUUCUGUUAAUUGUUAUAGUGCAAAGACGUUAUUCAGCGCCACAUCUUGAUCUACUCCGUACCGUGGUGGACGGUAGUAACGACUGGACAAGUAGUUUUUACUAAUUUGUUGUGUGGCAAAUUGUUAGGGCAGUACAUGACUUGAAUUAGUAGUUAUAUGUUUUAAUGUGAAGUGCUAAAGUGUCGUGUAUCGUGUAUACUGUGAUUUACAGUGUUUUGUGAUGAAAAAGAAAAAACAAGAAUAAGCUCGUAGUAUCUAUAAAAUCGGCUUAAGCUCAUAGUUCGAAACAAUUUGCAAAUCAACUGUAUUCGAUUUGGCUACGAGAACUUCAAAGUGACAAUAGGAGACCGAGGAAAACUAGUAACUGAAUGCAUUAAGGCUUCAAACAAUUCCAUAAUAAUGAGUUCCAGUAAAAUAUAGUUUUGUACAUGGAAAACUAUAAACAUAACAGAAAACGUUACAUACAUCUAAACCCAAAUAUUCUACACUGCUAACGGUUGUUUUUCUACAGUACGCUUCUAUUUGAUUUGAUACGAGCAAAAGCUUCCACCAAAAUGAGCCCCUGUUCAUUAUUCAUACACCUAGUGUGUCCGGUUUUUGUAAUGAUAUCCGUACUUACAUCGAUCGAAGGCAACUCUAAAACCAUGCAGCGCAACCUCUUUCAUGUGCCAUCGCGACGAGCUCCUCGAAGUGCAUUGGUGCAGGAGAACGACGGUGGAACUGUAGCUAAUUCGUUUCCUGGUGUUGAGAUGAACAGUUACCAAGGUUUGGUUGGCCGGCCAGGCAUUGAUUUUCCGGUUCUUACGCAUAUUCCAAAAACCAUUUUUGACUGUAAAAGUCAUGGAAAUGGUUACUUUGCCGAUUUGGAAACGCGUUGCCAGGUGUUCCAUAUAUGCGAUGAUGGAAAGAAGAUCUCGUUUCUUUGUCCAAACGGUACGAUCUUUAGGCAGCUUGAUUUAAUUUGUGACUGGUGGUUCAAAGUGGAUUGCGCUGCAACACCGAACCAUUUCGCCGAAAGUACCGAAAUGCUAACUCAAGCCAAACGUGCACGUUUACAAAGCAAGCAUCCCGUACCCCAACCUAUCAAUCAAAGUGAUGAAAGACUUACACUAAGCAUUCAAGAUAAACGUUUGUUGUUAGGAAGCACAAAUGCUCAUCGCACUGCCAAAAUACCGACUCGUCAUAGGCUUGAAUUGAACAGACGUAUCGAUAGAACCAUCUCCGCAGAAUCAAUCGGAUUUGUUCCCGAUAGUUUAAAUAGAAAUGAUGAAACUACAAAAGGUAAAAUCGACCAACUAAAUGCAGCGGAUGAAAUACAAGACACUGCACAAAGUGCAUCUUUCACCUCGAUAGCAAAGAAAAUGUUCAACACGUAUUACGCACAAGAACAACUGAUUAAAGAUCAAACUAACGUCAACAAAUUAAAAGGAGUUGAGUCCAAUUUGGAAGAUUCACAUCGUGAUUAUCUUUCGGUAUUGUCAAAAGAUGGUAGAGAAGAGAAUAGCAGCAGCAGCAGCAGCAGCAGCAGCAGCAGCAAUAGGCACGCGAUGAACUACAUGCCUUACACAACUGCACGAAAACUGAAUUUAAACAGCAAAGUUACGCAAUUUUACACUCCAACAGUACCCACGUUCACUACCAGUACGAGAACAACGACGGUGGGGGCAUUAACGGAGGAUGCCAUGGUCACGACAAAGGCCACUGCAAUCAAUGGUUUCAGCAACGGUGGAACCGUCGAAUCCCACAGCUUCAGCAACCAAUUCGCUCAACCAAUACGGCGAGAGGGUACCACCACUGAUGAAGAGUCGAUAAUGGAUCAUGCCAUGGAAAUUAUGCAAACUAUCAAAAAUCUAAAAAUUGAUGAAUCUACAAGCAGUGGCAAUUCAGUGAAACGAACCAUAGAUGAUGUGAUGGGUAGUGCGUCCACCAACACAUUCAAUGGCCAGUCCAUUACGUUCUCUACGAUUGCGUCGCCAGUAAAAGCUUCAUUCGAGUUUUUGCAGCAUCCAUUAGGAGAUGGUCCGAACGUCGAGCGUUACAGAAGGAUGCGCAUUGUGACUGAUCGUAAGCCCAACGUUGAUGUUGGCCAUCGCUCGCUCCUUACGCGUACUACAUUGAAUGAAUACGAUCGUCUGUUUCAGUCGAGAAAUAACCAAAACAAUGGAAACCAUAUUGACGAUGUACACGGUCACGAUCACUUGGAAACGGAGUUCUACAUGGAUUCGCAAAUGGAACACGAUCUGGAAGGUCAAUCUUCAAGGUAUCCUGUGUUUGGAAUGUCAAAUUCAACACAAAUCCGUGAACUGGCACAAAUUUUUACUCACGCAUUGUCUGCCUACCUACAAGAUCCCGUGACAUUUCGGCGCAUAUUGACUGAAAUUCGCCCGAAAGCCCCAGGAACGCAAUCGACCAGCAAAUUGGUUACGUCUGAGCGGUCUGCUAUUAACGAAUUUGGGACUAGUCUGCUGGAAACUACUACGUAUUCACCUAUUGAUAAGGCUAUCCAACAUGCCAAUUUGCAAAAUGCAGAAAAUUUUGAAGUGCUAGACUUCUCCGACUUAGCGACAUCCACCACCACCGCUAAUCCUACAGAAAAUGAAACAACGGUUUUCGAUACAUCAACUAUUCCAACGACAACAACUGACUAUAAUACCGAUCAUAAUGAAGUGACGGGUAAACCAGAAGAUGUGUCAAGAAAGCAAGGUAAAAGUUUAUCUAUCAAAUUCAUAACUAACAGUCGUAAUCAACUUGCCGACGAAGUUAAUAGUGAACUAGGAACACCGGCUUCCUACAGCUAUUCAAACCGUUUUGCAGAACAUACAAGUUCAGAGGGCAAAGAAAUCAAGCUGGGAGAUGUAACGACAAGCACGUCAUCGUACAACAAUCAAGUGGAUACGAAUACGCCAACAAUUUCUAGCGUUCUACCAACAUCAUCAACAACUAAAUUCGUAACUGAGCCGAUACCAGCCCCGCAAUCUAUACUAAAACCGCCGAUAUUAUCAAACAGUCGGUUUUCCAUGGAAAUUAGACCAAAAACAUCACUGAUACUAGAGGAUGACGAACAAUUACAACGUGCACAAAGCGAAUCGAUCCUGUCCAGCCAAAACAAUCGCCCAAUAUACGAAAGAAACAAGUAUAGCGUCAUUAGUUUGCAUAAUUUUAGGGACAAUCCUACAACGAGGGAAACAUUUAGCACAUCAGUAAACAAGACGCCUACCGUUACUGUUCAGCCGUUCAUCAAUCUACAACCGGAGGCUAACGGGAUAGUGCCAUCGUCUCGUACUACGAUGUCUUAUACUGUAUUUUUUGAUCCAUUAACUAUUAAUGACGAGCUUAUGGAGCUUGAAAAACCUAAACCAACAGCAGCACAUACACCAGCGAUACAUAUUCCGCGCCAUUAUGGUUGGAACGGGACGUUGCUUGAGCCGGGUGCUACCACAUCUAAAGUAGCGAAGGGAGAUAAUUACACACAUUUGAUGAGCGAAAACCUGCGCGAAAAUGCUACGUUUAUGCAAAAGAAGGCAAAUGAAAUGUUUGGCGAUCUGAACGAUGUUCAAGCGGAUAAUCUUAUGACAGCAAUCAAAAUGGCCGAUAAGGAUAAAUCGAUGCGAAGAUUGAUUCUUCUUCUGAUACGUACUUGUGACGAUAGUCCAACAAAUACGAACGAAGAAUCACGCAAAGCUUUGCUAGAGGCUUUAAUCAACAUUGGAGGCGUAAUGAAUCCUGAAAGUGCUGACGAGCUGCGUAUCCUGUCCGAUAGCCAGACCCGGGAUUCAGAUCAUCGUCGUGGUAAAGAAAUUGGGUACAGCAGAGAUUCAAAUCUGUUGUACGAUGGUGUUCCUGUUAAAUCAACCACUCCGAAUAUAGCGGCAACGACAGAAAACUAUGCAAAAAUGUUAAGGGGCUCAAACGGUGGCAGCAAUAGUGAAGAGCGAGAAAGUCAAGAACGUUUCAACAGUGAGGAAUGGUCGAAAGGAAACGAUUUUCUAACCACGGAAGCUACAACGAAAAUGUAUUACUCCUCCGGUGAGGGCCAAACAAGCUACUUACCGAACACUGUCACUACCCAAGGCAGAUGGGCUUAUGGCUACGACGAUACACAUGAGACUCAACCUACUACGACCCCAUAUCCGUCCACAGUAAUGCAAACCACGGCUGAUAGUAGUUCAACGAUAUUUACUACGAUCACGGAACCCACCGCAACCCCUACAUUAGCAGUAAACCCAACUUCAGAAACAUCGGAUAACGUUAGCUCUACGACAAUUCAAACUACGGUUGACGCCAUUGAUACAGAAAACAGAUCCGUAGAGUCUUUAGAAUCUGAUACGUCUGCCGAACUUAAAAAACCGUUUAUCGUUUCACAGCGUUUGCCAAAAGAUCUCUCAAGUUCGCUAGGCUAUCCUUCAUCAAACAAAAACAAAUAUCAUUCCGCUCAUAAUUCCGAUACCCGUGCACUCGAACUUCUAAAAUCGCUUUACUCUUUAGCAGCGAGAUGGGGCUAAGCUAAAUUACUCGUUUGUACGUUUGUGUAAUAUAGACCAACGUAAAACUUCAGUUAUCAAUGUGUGGUUGAAAUAACAAAAUCACAAAAAACCAACAUUUUAAAAAAACCGUACUCAAAUAAUGUUAACACAGUAAUAGCCAAGUAUGCAGCAAUAAGCCAUGGUGCUAACGAAACAGGAUGAUUCAAGUGCAUGGACAGGAUUUUUGAAGGCAGAUGCUAGCUUUUAUGAUUAGUUUUUGUUGUGUAAUAAAUAAUCCGGCCAUAUUUAUCGUAUAUAAUAUUAAAACAAAUCUAGAAGCAAAGACAAUCUCACAGCUUAGGGAAGUUGUGUUUAAGCUAACGGAAGGAAUGAAAAAUUUAACCUGGAACUUUGCAACUUGUUAUAUAUAUACAUACAUAUUUAUAUAUUAUAUUACAUUAUAGAUAAUAUUUCAUAAAUUAUUUAAACUCCGUAAUAAUCAUUCUACCAUCUGUAACUGAACAAUUUUAUAAAGAUUUUAAAUUAAAAAUUUGUUGACAGUACAAAAAGCAGCGUUUGUAUAUCUUUCAAAACUCCAAAAGUGGUACCAUUUUCAUAUAUACUAAAUUGGUAGCACUUUGGUGUAAAACAUAACUUUAAAAUACAUUAAAUGAAAUGCAAUAUUUUUUUUUUGUAUAAUAUAAGAGGUUUUUUACUUCUUAUGAUUACGGUAAGUUGAGGUAAGUAUUAUAACCUAUUAUUCUUAUUAAGGCAUUUAAUUAUGUGAGAUACAGUUUCAAUGGGUUUAAAUAAAUAAAAUAUCUGGAUCGAAGAUUGAUCGAGAUUGAUCUCAGAUUGGAAAUGAGAACGCUGAAUCCUGCAGUGGAAUGCGAGCAAAGUUGUGAGGGGGAAUUGCCCUCAGCGACAUGUUUGGAUCAGAGAAUCGUUUGGCCUUGAGAUUCGCCUUCUCAUUACCACGGCUAAGCAGGCAUCCAAAUAAGCGACAUUCGAAAUGCUUCAUUAAACAAGAGCAAAAUAUCAUAGAGUUUACGGGUAAACAAAUAUCAUAUUUGACUGAAAUAUCAUAUCAUAUUUGAUGAGCCCGCAAAAGCUAGCUUUGCCUUAAAAAAAUAUGUGUUGUAUUUCGGGGGAGGAAAUUAAUUUUGUCACCACACGGGAACUUAAGCAGUAUUGAGCAGUUAAUGGUUGUUUAUUCAACAAGAGCUAUGGCGCGACCCAAAUAAACCGGGUGGGGCUAAAAUGAACAAAAUAGCGUGUAUUCUGCUCUAAAUUCCAUAUCUUGCUAGCUCGCAAUCAUAGGCAUUUUGUGACGUCACACACUGCGACUUCUGUUUAAAUAGGUUUAUGGUUUAUGGUAAUUACCAUAAAAUUCGCCAGAUCGUCCUUAAUUAUCAACUCGCAUGAUCGGUUAUUGCUGUCAACAU